AUGUUACCUAAGGAUUUCCAAAGACAUCCAAAGAAGCUGAGGAAGCAGAGAGCUGCUUCACCAGCUUCUCUUCAGCUACAGAAGUCGGAGAAUGUGAAAGUUCACCUCCAACUGAACCACCAUCAUAAAAUUGAUCAAGCAGACUAUCCAUCACCCAUCUUGCUCAGGAUCUUCACAUCAUGUCAUCCAAGGACCUUUGCGCUAAUGUCACAGCAUUACUUACUUAAUGAGCCUGCCUUUGGGGAAGUGAACCAGCUAGGAGGGGUGUUUGUGAACGGAAGACCUCUCCCCAACGCCAUCAGAUUGAGGAUUGUGGAGCUGGCCCAGCUGGGGAUCAGGCCCUGUGACAUCAGUAGACAGCUCCGGGUGUCCCAUGGAUGUGUCAGUAAGAUCCUGGCUCGCUACAAUGAAACUGGAUCCAUCCUCCCAGGAGCCAUCGGUGGCAGCAAACCCCGGGUCACCACCCCGACCGUGGUAAAACACAUCAGGACCUACAAACAGAGGGACCCCGGGAUCUUCGCCUGGGAGAUCAGAGACCGGCUCCUGGCAGAUGGGGUGUGCGACAAGUACAACGUGCCAUCGGUCAGCUCUAUCAGCAGGAUCCUGAGAAAUAAGAUCGGUAAUCUGUCCCAGCAAAGUCAUUAUGACAAUCACAAACAGCAUCACCAUGCCACAGCCGCCUCUGCACUCCAAUACAAUCAUAUUUACCCCUAUCCCAAUCCCAUCGCAGCUGGAGCCAAGGUACCCACACCCCCAGGAAUGCCCUCAAUAUCCAGCACCAUGGCUAUAGCCAGGACCUGGCCUUCCUCACACUCUGUCACUGAUAUCCUGGGGAUUAGGUCUAUCACAGAUCAAGUCAGCGACACAUCACCCUACCACAGCCCUAAGGUGGAAGAAUGGAGCAGUCUAAGUAGGAAUAGUUUCCAGUCUUCCCAGCACAUGAUCAACGGGUUGGAGAAAGGCUGCCUCGAUCAGGAAGUCAAGUACAGCCAGACAGCGAGUGGUUUACCAACUGUUGGUAGCUUUGUGGCAGCUUCGGGCAUGACUCCAUACCCCACUUCUGCACCAGUCUCUCCAUACAUGGCCUACGGCACAGCAGCACCAACUGGGUAUGUAACAGGACAUGGAUGGCAGCACACAGGAAGCACCGCAUUGUCUCCGCACAACUGUGAUAUCACAGCAUCACUAGCAUUUAAAGGCAUGCAGACAGCACGAGAAGCAGAAGAAACUAAAAUAAGCAUCCAGACCCGCAAAUCACCACAAUCCUACCACACGUCCCAGCGCCACGGAACUCUUGCUCACAUGCAAAGUGCAACGGAGUGGAUCGCAACUGCGGAGGGAAAUAAUCUGGUGUAUAUAGACGGCUUCUCAGGCUUGAGUCUCAGGCGUCACUCCCGUCUUGGCGGGGAGUUUGAGACUCUAGCAUCACAGCCGUGA